AUGACCUCGGAGCAGGAUAUUAUUUUUAAAUCCUUAAGGUUUGUGCCGGAUUUCGACGGCAACCCACAUGUAUUGACUAGAUUUAUAAAAAUUUGUGACGAAUUAGUUAGGCAGUUUAUGCGUGAUGAUCCGCAAGCAUCCUUAUCAAACAUUUCAUUAAUUAAUGGAAUUCUUAAUAAGAUUACAGGACAUGCAGGACGUUUAAUAAAUUCAAAUGGUAUUCCCGAUUCGUGGCAAGGAAUUAGGGACUCUUUAAUAAAUAAUUUUUCCGAUCAACGAGACGAAACCGCGUUGUAUAACGAUAUCGCGUGUCUAACUCAAGGACAAAACUCUCCUCAAGAGUUUUAUGACAAAUGCAAUAACUUAUUUAGUACAAUAAUGACCUAUGUUUCGCUUCACGAAACUAUAGAAACAACUAUUGACGCGAAAAGACAAUUAUAUAGAAAAUUAACACUGCAAGCGUUUAUUCGUGGUCUUAAGGAACCACUAGGGUCACGCAUACGUUGCAUGCGCCCUGAAACAAUAGAGAAGGCCUUAGAGUUUGUACAAGAAGAAUUAAACGUUAUCUAUUUGCAAAAUCGUAACGAUGCUCUACCUAAAUUUCACCACACAUUAAAACCGCAAUCUUCAGUUCAAACGACACACACACCACAACCUUUACUAUAUAAUGUGAAUAAGCACAAUUUACCUUUUCCGAGAAUAAAUACACCUUAUACAUUCCCACAGUUUAAAUCAAGUCAACCUAAUCAUUUUAUGCCUAGAUUCCCUACACGUACACAACAAGUUUUUCGUGCUCCUCCACCUAAUUAUAAUCCUAACAGUAAUUUAUUCCGUUUACCUCCACGUAACCAGGUAGCCCAAAAACAGGGACCUACUCCAAUGAGCGGUGUAAGUCAUUACGUUACUAAGGAGUUACCUUUGACUGGACAUGAUUGGCGUAAGCACGGCAAUCCACCUCCUACAAACUAUUUUAAAAGUAGAGAUUUAAAUGUCAACGAAUGUGUCGAACCCGAUUAUUACGAUUAUUAUGACCAAUACAACCCGACCGUAGAAUAUCCUGACUAUUAUUACUUUGACCCUGACUAUAAUUCGUAUUAUAACUGUGAAGAAAUAGAACAAUCGAAUGAAAUUCCUGACAGUGACGAAUGUGCUCAAGUGACUGAAACUGAAAAUUUUCCGAAAGGCAAGAAUUCAGAAAAGCCAAAAUAG